UAACCUAAAAAUUGAAAUUCAAAAUAUGUUACAAAAAGUGGUGACUGGAAGUGUUUACUUGUUCGAUAUUUAUUAGGCUCCAUAAUUAUUGUGACAAUUUUUUCUCAGUUGAAUCAAAUGUAGUGAAUGCGUUGAAUGAAAACACAGUGACAGAAAUAUUUCCAAUAUUUCAUAUAUCUCGAUAUUGUUGAAUACACGUGUAACAUUGAAACAACAAACUACAAAUAUGGAUGAGGAAGAAUCCGUUUAUAAUCGAGGUGCUACGAAUAAUAAAAUCAAACCAAAUGUUUCAAAAUUCCAGCUGAAAAAUAAGCCGUCCAUUAUUUUCAAUAUCAAUAAAACUAAUGGUGGAUCACCACCACCUAAAAAAUUGAAACUAACUACUGUUUCUGAUAAGCCCUGUACUAUCACAAGUUCGUCACAUUCAAAUGGGAACACCAAUGGAUCAAAUGGUAUCAAUCUAAAUGGGACCAGUAAUAACAUCAAAUUUGGUAAACCUAAGAUAAACUUAUUUGAACAGAGAAGAAAAUUACCUAUAUUUGCAAAUAGAAAUAGAUUGUUGGGUCUCAUAAAAUCCAAUGACACACUUGUAAUUGUCGCCGAAACAGGUUGUGGUAAAACAACCCAAAUUCCUCAAUACAUACAUUCUGCUAGGCUGGAAGAAAAUGGUUGUAUUGCAGUCACUCAACCUAGAAGAGUUGCUGCGAUCAGUUUAGCUAAAAGAGUGGCCCAGGAAAAUUGUCAAAGUAUGGAAGUUGGUGAGACAGUAGGAUAUACAGUAAGAUUUGAAGAUAAAACUUCUGCAAGAACUAAAAUUAAAUAUAUGACUGAUGGAAUGUUACUCAGGGAAGCUAUGUUUGAUAAACUUCUAAUGAAUUAUACCUUUAUUAUAUUAGAUGAAGCUCAUGAACGGACUAUACACACAGAUGUUUUAUUUGGUAUUGUCAAAGAGGCUCAAAAAAAAAGAAAAGAAAGGAAUAUCACACCCUUGAAGAUUCUCAUUAUGUCAGCUACUAUUGACGUAGAAAGUUUUACUUCAUAUUUCAAUAACUGUAAGUCAGUGUAUAUAGAAGGGAGGACUUAUCCAGUUACUUUAUUUUAUAUGAGCAACCCAAAUGAUGACUACCCUACUACAUGUGUAUCUACUUUCUUCAAAAUACAUAGAGAGGCACCACCUGAUUAUGACGUAUUAAUAUUUUUAACUGGUCAAGAGGAGAUUGAAACAGCAGCACAACAGAUAAGAAUUUUAGCCAAAGAUCCAGAUGUUGAAGGACCACCAGUUAAAGUUUUCACCCUAUAUGCAGCUCAGGCUUCAGCGCAGCAGCUGAGUGUAUUUCAGUCAGUCCCUGAGGGACAUAGAAAAGUUAUUAUCAGUACUAACAUUGCUGAAACAAGUAUUACCAUUAGUGGAAUUCGCUACAUUAUUGAUAGCGGCAUGGUUAAAGUCAGGUCUUUCCACCCAUCCACUGGUCUUGAGAUGCUUAAAGUACAAAGGAUAUCCCAAGAGCAAGCUUGGCAACGAUUAGGAAGAGCAGGUCGUGAUUCUGAGGGUUACUGUUAUCGUCUAUAUACCAGAUCCCAAUUUGAAAGCAUGUCUAUGUCGACUGAACCAGAAAUUCAAAGGGCAAAUCUUACUUCAGUGGUUCUGCAACUUCUAGCGCUUGGUGUUCAUGCCAAAAAGUUUGAUUUCAUGAGUAAACCAUCUGAAGAAGCUCUCGAUGCUGCCUUUGAAGAGUUGAAGUUAUUAGGAGCUGUAGAGGAUGUUGAAUCUGGCAAGUUGACUGAAAUUGGGCAAAAAAUGACAAAAUUCCCAUUGGACCCAAAAUUCACUAAAAUUAUAUUGGCGGCUGAAAAGUUUGGAUGUGUUGCAGAAGCUUUAACAGCAGUCUCCUUCCUUAGUGCUGAAUCAGUGUUGCUUAAUCCGACCACAAGGAAAGAACAAGCACAAGCAGUUCGGCAAAAAUUUCAUUCAACAGAAGGUGACCUUUUAACGUUGAUAAAUAUAUUUAGGGAGUUUUCCAAUGCGGGAAAAAGUAAUAAGAAAGCGUGGUGCCAUGAACAUUUUCUCAACCUAAGGAAUAUGUUAUAUGUUAAAGACGUCAGAACUCAGUUGAAGGAGAUUUGUAGGAAAUGUAAUAUCGAGAUCAAUUCGUGCAGUAACCAGUUGAAGCUUCUAAGAAAGAGUCUUUUGGCUGGUCUAUUCAUGAAUGUAGCAGAGUUCAACAUCAGAGACCGACAUUAUUCAACGCUGCACAAGAAGCAAAAAGCUUGGAUACAUCCUAGUUCAGUGCUUCAUGGAACUUCGAACACACUAGUUCUUUUUACAGAAAUAGUUCAGACAUCCAAGUGUUUUUUAAGAGGAUUGACCACAAUGGAAAGUGAUUGGUUGAUGGAAGUUGCUCCAGAAUAUUUCAAGCAAAAAAAUAUAAGGACUUCUGACAAGUGCUGAAAACAUUUUUUAUUAUGUAGGUGGACUGUGAAGUGAUAGACUGAUAUGUAUCUCAGAUUGGAGAAGUUGUUUUUCGAACUUUUGCGAUUAUGACUAAUUGGGUGUUUCAAUAUUUACUUGUGAUAUUCACAUGAAUUGAAUCAUGUUACUGGUUAUUAUUAAGAGUUAGUUGAAACGAAUUGAGAAUGGUCCUUUUUUGACUACUCGAUCACCUUCUAUGUGCCUUUUUUCAUAAGUGUAUUUACUCUUAAUUUCGGUCAAAAGCUAAUAUGGCCUGGUUGAAAAUUAUAUAUUUUGUAGCAGGCAAACGCUCACGAACAUAGGUUCUAGGUUCUAUCAAGUAGAGGCCACUUCGAUUAGAAGUUUCUGAAAAAUGCAUUGCCUGCCCUUGGGUAACCAAGGAUUUUGACAAUUUGUAAGAGUGCCCUAUUGAUCCUGUUGUAAAUUACUCUUGUUUCUAUUUUUAUAUAUUGUUUUAUAUAGACAUACUUUCCUUAUGUAAUAUUGAAUACUUGCAAUGUCUUAAUUUAUCUUUGAAUUUCUAUCAAAUAUAUAUUGUAUCUUGAAUGAUAGGAUUGUGAAUUUUUUCUAUGGACAAUAAUGACCCGUAUUCUUUUGUUAACCUUUCAAACAGUUUUUCUUUAGACUCUCGUUUCUGUACCUAUGAUGAUUCUCUUGGGAAAUAUAAAAGUUGAUUAUUUAUUAUGUACAGUAUGUAAAUCGAUGAUGUGACUAAAAGUAUAAUUUUUUUUAAGAACUGUUAUGCAAUAAAUAAAACAUACCAACAGAAA